AUGGACCCCUUUGAACGGCUUCCCGUCGAGCUCAUAUACCACAUUCUCCUCUUUACAUCUGACUUUGUGGGCGUAGAAAGUCUCCUGGUAGCCUCGCCCCGAGUACGUGCUGUGUUCCUUGACCGACCCGGUCUAAUAUUUCAAGAGAUGAUGGAAUCAAACUCAAUAUCCUCAGCUGCGCCUAUUCGGAAGAUCAUUCAGAAAGUUCGGCUUCUCCAUAGUCCCUCAUCCAACUUCCACAAUUUUGAGGAGUACAUACAAUGUACUGAGCGCACUGGCGACCAGCUCGGUAUCCAUAGCAAUGACGCGGAAGUGUUGCAGAUGAUGCAAGUUUGUGCCCAGAUCCAACGCCUUGCAUGUACAUGUCUAUGGACAAUGCAGGAAAACUUCAUUUCCGCUGUCGGUGCCUCGCCGGCAGGACCUUUGUCGGGGUCAAUGCGUGCCCAAAAGGCAGCCAAACCUUUCUCUUGGGUCGAGGAGUCUAACAUGUAUUGGGGUCUGUGGCAUUUGAGACACUACUCCGACCUGCAUCACUAUGCAUCUCGAUUGAAUUGGCCUGAAGAGUCCAUGAAAAGAGCCAGAGAGUACCACACAUGGAAUGACAUCGAACGCAUGACCACCGAAGUCAUUUCCACCGUUGCUGCAGUACUGUCGGACUUGGGUUUAAGUCCAGUCUACUCCUACCCGCACCUGGGUGAACACAAGGAGUCUAUACAAGCAGUCUGGUGGUACCCAUCGCAGACGCCACCACCACUUUUUCACUCCCUUGAAUUUGCAAGGGGCAUGAAUGUCCCAAUUUGGCCUUCACCACCAACACCACCAGAUGAUCUAGUGACAGAGUCGUGGAAUCUUGAUGUGAGAGGCUGUGGGCGGAGGACCAUCCACAUGGAAAUGUACAAAAACUGGGCGUAUCAAAGGCCCAACCCUGGCUACACUCGGCUAAGCAUUCAACCGUAUCGGAGGCUAGGUAUCUUUGUUUGGGAUUUAUGGCGCAUGUAUUCCACUGGAUUGGUAGUGUGGAAUUAUCGGGGUCUGCGAACGCCAGCACCAGAUGGGGAUGCGGAGUUGGUGGAGUUGUUGGGCGUUCAUCAUGCUUCUAUGGAGGAGUGGCGUUCAAGAUGGCUCACACUUGCCGGGACUAUGUGA